CAGGCAUUGUUACGGACACCGUCGGGUCCUCUUAGGCAUAAAGCAACGUUGUCGCCGGUGUGACGUCCUCUUUACCCACAGUCAGAGGGAGGAUCGGAAUUUUAAGUCCACCAUCCAUCGCUAAUCUUCAAUGGCCGAGGAAGGCAUUGCUGCCGGAGGAGUGAUGGAUGUGAACACCGCCCUGCCUGAAGUGCUGAAGACCGCACUCAUCCACGACGGGCUUGCCCGCGGUAUCCGUGAGGCUGCCAAGGCUCUGGACAAGCGCCAGGCUCAUCUGUGCGUCCUUGCUGCUAACUGUGAUGAGCCCAUGUAUGUCAAGCUGGUGGAGGCCCUUUGUGCUGAGCAUCAGAUCAACCUCAUCAAGGUGGAUGAUAACAAGAAGCUUGGUGAGUGGGUUGGCCUGUGCAAGAUUGACAGAGAGGGAAAACCCCGCAAGGUGGUGGGCUGCAGCUGUGUGGUCGUAAAGGACUACGGCAAAGAAUCUCAGGCCAAGGAUGUCAUUGAGGAGUACUUCAAAUCUAAGAAAUAAGGCGCUGAAUAAACUGUUUUGAAAAGAA